CCAAAAUCUUCCACACUCUUCAUUCUUACUACAGAUUUCUCCAGAAACCUCCCCAAAUUCCUUUCAUCAAACAAUCAUCAUUCUUAUUCUUCCCCUAUAAAUACCAUAUCUCAUCUCAUUCCUCCUCAUCUCAGAAAAUUCUACAAAUACAGCUCUAAUUCUUCAAAUCUACAAAACAUCAAGCAUUUCAAUCAAUCCUCAACAAUGUCACUAAUUCCCAACAACUUCUUCGGCAGACGCAGCUCCAUCUUCGACCCAUUUUCCCUCGACACAUUCGACCCAUUCUUCGACUUCCCAUCCUCUCUCACCACCAUCCCUCGAUCCGAAACCGCCGCAUUCGCCAACGCUCGAAUCGACUGGAAGGAAACUCCAGAAUCCCACAUCUUCAAAGCCGAUCUUCCUGGGGUUAAGAAAGAGGAGGUUAAGGUCGAGGUUGAAGAUGGGAAUGUGUUGAGGAUUAGUGGGCAAAGGGCAAGAGAAAAGGAAGAGAAGAACGAUAAAUGGCAUCGGGUUGAGAGAAGUUCUGGACAGUUUAUGAGGAAGUUUAGAUUGCCAGAGAACGCUAAAGUUGAAGAAGUAAAAGCUGCAAUGGAGAAUGGUGUUCUUACUGUUACUGUUCCUAAGAUUGUAACUCCUAAACCUGAGGCUAAGUCCAUUACUGUUUCUUAAAUUGGACGAAAAUCAAGAAAAUUAUACAGAAAAGAAAAGAAUUAUAUGAUGUUAUGGAGUAAAUAUGGUCAUAGACUCAUGGUGUGAUGAAAUGAAUUUAGUCUCUGUUUUCAAGUAUUAUUGUGUAGUAUGAUGUUAAUUACCCUGUUUAUGGAUUAUCGUAUCAAUGUAAUGCUAUGUUUUUGCCUGGUUUAAUAUAAUAUUAAUAUAAUAAAAAAGUU